AUUGUCUGCGGUAAGGACAGGUUCCUCGAGUGAGGACUAAUGCAAUUUUAUUUAUUAUUAAUUUUAAAAGUUGCUCGAUGAGCUUAUCGUUGCACUAAAUGAUUCAAUAAAUCUCGUAAGUGAGAAAGCCGAACAGUCAAACAAUGUCCGUUUUCUUCGUGAACACGAACCCGGAGGGUGAAGAGGUGGAAGGAGAUUCGAAUGGGGAUUUACAGAUUGCCUCACCAGGCAACUCGGAAGCACAGCAGGCGUUGGGUCAGUUUUGGCCUAAAGUAACAGAUGAGAUUAAAAAAAUAACUACUAUGGACCUGAAGACUCAAUCCCUACCGUUGGCUAGAAUAAAAAAAAUAAUGAAAUUGGAUGGCGAUGUAAAAAUGAUAAGCGCUGAGGCGCCGAUGUUGUUUUCAAAGGCUGCUGAGAUAUUCAUACAUGAACUAACGCUUAGAGCCUGGGUUCACACAGAAGAUAAUAAAAGACGCACUCUGCAGAGGAACGAUAUUGCAAUGGCUAUUACUAAAUACGAUCAAUUCGACUUCCUCAUCGAUAUUGUUCCCAGGGACGAAUUGAAACAGACUAAAGCCCAGAACGAUAAUUCCGUACGAACAUCAAUGAACUCUGAUCAAGUUCAUUACUACUUUCAGCUUGCCCAGCAACAAGCUACCGCAAAUCAGGGUGUACAAAAUAAUGGCUCAGCUUCCCAGCCAAUACAGAUUGUUCAACCGUCAACUGGACAAAUUCAAACUAUUAAUAUCGGCAGCCCUGUUGAACAGCAUAAGCAGAUAGGUGUACAAAACUUCACAUUUCAAAAUUACUUCCAGGAAAAUUCGAACACUAGUUCAGCGCAAACUGUGACUGCCCAAACUGUGACAGUUCCAAGUCCACAGCAAACGACGAGUGGUCAACAAGUUAUACAAUUACAGCAAGCACAGCAAUCUCCUACCUCCCAAAGUGGAGGGAUUCAAAUAGUACAACAAAUAGUAACACCCAGCGGUGAAAUACAACAGAUACCUAUUCAACUAACGCCGCAACAACUACAGAUGAUUCGAAUGCAAGUUCAGGGCGGUAGUAAUCAGCCCAUUAUCAUUCAAGCCUCACCUAUUCAAGCCCAACCACAGUUAAUUCAAGUCGCCCAAGGCGGUCAGACGCCUGUAUAUCUACAAACCAACAGUAACGACAACGAAUAAUUGAAAUUUAAAUCUAAACGGAUAAUUUUACGCUAAAUUCUAUUAGUCUUAUCAACUAGGCAUAAGUUUAGCGUCUAAGAAAUAAAAAUUUUUCAACCCACUCUCAAGUAACAUUCGGACCGUCGCGUUGCGCUAUUUUUAAAAAAGUACUAAAUGCGGUAAAACUAAAUAAUCAGGCGCCCUACUACAAAUCAAUUCUAACAAAUCGAGAUAAUGAUCAUGUUUAAUAGCGAUUGCUGAAUACCACUGAUAACCGCUGAGUUCCAAGUUCUUAGUCGGGUGUUAACUAUAGUCUUAUAUUUCGAAAAGUUGGCCACCGUGCGUUGUUCUUUUUGGCCGAUUAAAAGUGCACCAAUGAUGUCGCCACUAUUGAUAACCCGCGGGACUGUACCUUCAAAUUGUGCGAUAUUUAAGCACCGCGUUAAUCCCGACACCGAUGAUAUCUGAAUAUAGUAUGAAUAUUUAAAAAAGAAA